GUAUUGAUAACUGGAUUUUGUUUCGUUUUUCUGCGUUCAUCAAUGUGAGGCAGUCGCGUUCUUUAAUGUCAAAGUAGUGUUAAAAUUGGAAAGUGGAAAUGGAAACUUUCAUGUAUCUCAAAAAAGCAUUGUCCUCCGGGGACUCGAGCGUUUGUCGUUUAUGCCUGUCGCCGGAUGUGGCUUCGGAACCACUAAUGCAAGACGAAAUGGGGAAACAUCUUAUACAGAAAAUCUUCGAUUGUACAGGUGUUCAGAUUAUACCCUUAACAGGCAUUUCUUCGGUCUUGUGUACCGUUUGUAAAAGACGCGUUGAAGACUUUUAUCUGUUUCGUUACCAGUGUAUUAAAAACAACGAAGUUCUCAACGAAUUUGCUGUAGAAUUGAACAAAUCGCCAUUAGGCAUACCAGAAUCAGAAAUUGAGGAGUUUCCGUUCGAGCCUGU